AUGGCUACCACGAAAAACUCUUCAUCGAUCGCCAUUUUCCUAGCGCUAAACGUCGUUUUCUUCACUCUAUCGAGCGCGUGCGGGACUUGCCCGACUCCCAAGCCGACGCCACCGCCGCCCAAGCCAAAAUCCGACUGCCCUUCUCCGCCAGCCGGGCCAAGCCAUGGCAAGGCCACUUGCCCGAGGGACACACUAAAAUUAGGCGUGUGCGCGGAUUUGCUUGGUGGGUUGAUAGACAUCACGAUUGGGACCCCACCGAAAACCCCGUGCUGCACCCUUAUCCAAGGGCUGGCCGAUCUUGAGGCGGCCGUUUGCUUGUGCACGGCAAUCAAGGCUAAUGUUUUGGGCAUCAACCUUAAUGUUCCCCUUUCACUUAGCUUGCUCCUUAACGUUUGCUCCAAGGAGGUCCCCAAGGGAUUCCAGUGCGCCUAA